GUCGCGCUUUGUAAUUCACCCUCUGAGUUUGCAUACUAGCGCCUCAGUACCGGCAGAGGGGGUCGGCGAGCGGCCUCUCUAGGGCUGUGAGAGGACUCAGAAGGGGUGGCAAUACCUGCGCCGCGGACAGCACCGCAGCGCCAGGCCCCUCCUGUCCCUCCGGGUCAAUUCGACGUAGCCAUGGCGGAAUCGAUCCCGAAGGCGAAGAGCGCCUACGCCUUCUUUCAGGCGGCCAUGAACAAGCAGAUGGUGGGCGUGCCGCUCGGCAUCACACCGGCGUCGAGUCUCGAUACCGUCGCGGCGCCUUCGUUUGAAUUCAACCGGCGAACAAAGGCGGACCGCGGGCCCACCGCAACAGAAACGCGACCCCGACCGCAGGCGAGCGCAUGCAGGAGAUCUCGGCGCGCUGGAAGGCCCUCGCGGACAAGUCGCCCUACGAGGCCCAAGCGGCGGCCGACAAGAAGCGCUACGACGAGGCGUCCGCGGCGCGCGACGCGCAAGUCCUGGCCGAGCAGGAGGCCAAGCGGAAAGCUAGAGAAGGCGGCGGCCGCGGCACAAAACGAGCGGCGGCGCCGGUCUCGGAGGCGCCCAAGCCCAAGAAGGAGCGCAAGCCCCGCGUGCUGUCCGAGAAGCAGCAGGCCGAGCGCUCGGCGAAACAAAGCGAGCGCUCGGCGCGCGAGUCGCGCAUGGACGCGGAGCGCGAAGCCUUAGAUGGUAGGUUAGCUGACGCGGCGCAAGCUAGGUUAAAGUUCCUGCUGUCGCAGUCGGACAUCUUCGGCCACUUCGGCGCCGGCGCGACGGCCGCGGCCGCCUCAAAAAAGAAGGAGACGCAGGAGGUCAAGUCGCCCGUCAAAAGACGCGCUAGAACGCUCGAGGAGGACGACCUCGAGACCAAAGAAGAGGCAGAAGCGACCACACGACUAUCAAGGCAGCCCUCGAACAUAAAAGGCGGCCAGAUGCGGCCUUAUCAAUUAGAAGGACUGAACUGGAUGAUCCGGCUCUACGACCACGGCAUGAACGGCAUUUUAGCUGAUGAAAUGGGUUUAGGGAAGACGCUGCAGUGCAUUUCUAUGUUAGCAUGGCUGAGAGAAGGGAGGAAGAUCGAAGGACCUCACUUGAUACUGGUACCUAAAAGUACAUUAGGCAACUGGAUGAAUGAAUUCGCAAGGUGGUGCCCCGAGAUCCGCGCGGUGCGGUUCCACGGUCCUAAACCUGAUAGGGCCGCCUUCGUGAGGGAUGUCCUCAAACCUGGAGCUUCUAGAAGAGACUAUGACGUCGUCGUCACGACGUACGAAGUCGCGAACGCGGAGCAGAAGUCCCUGGAGAAGGUCUCGUGGCGCUUCGUCGUCAUCGACGAAGCGCACCGCAUCAAGAACGAAGCUUCCUUGUUUGCGCGGACGGCGCGGUCCUUACGAGCGGAAAGGCGCUUGCUCGUGACGGGCACGCCCCUCCAGAACAACCUCCACGAGCUCUGGGCUUUGCUGAAUUUUCUAUUACCGGACGUCUUCGCCUCGUCGGACCAGUUCGACGAGUGGUGUGCGUCAGCGUCCGUAUCACGCGACCUCGUCCGACGGAGCCGACGCGCGCCGACGGCGUAAACCGCGCGCAGGUUCGAUCUUGAUGUUGAUGACGACGACGCGAAGAAGACGAUGAUCUCGCAAUUGCACAAACUGCUGCGGCCCUUCGUGCUGCGGCGGCUCAAGGCCGACGUCGAGCGGAGCAUGCCUCCCAAAACAGAAACGAUUCUGUUUGCGUCGCUGACGAAGUGCCAGAGAGACGUGUACAAGUCGCUGCUGAAACGCGACGCUUCCUUACUAGGCAAGGAGGACGGUUCCUGCUCCAGGGCGUCGAUCGCGAACAUCGCCAUGCAGCUCCGGAAGUGCUGCAACCACCCCUACCUGUUCCAGGGCGUCGAGGAUAGAACCCUAGACCCGCUCGGCGAGCACGUCAUCGACGCUUGUGGGAAGCUCAAGUUGAUGGACAAGCUACUGAGUAGACUGAAAGAAAAAGGUCACAGAGUACUGAUCUUCUCGCAGAUGACGCACUUACUAGACGUGCUGGAGGACGUGAUGGCGAUGCGCAAGUACGAGUACUGUAGAAUUGAUGGGAACACGUCCUACGACGAGCGCGACGAGUUCAUCGAGGAGUACAACAAACCCAAUAGCUCGAAGUUCGUCUUUUUGCUAUCGACGCGAGCCGGUGGUUUGGGGAUCAACUUGCAGACCGCGGAUACUUGUAUUUUGUUCGACUCGGACUGGAACCCGCAGGCCGACUUGCAGGCCAUGGAUCGGUGCCAUAGAAUAGGUCAAACCAAACCCGUACAUGUGUACAGAUUAGUCACGGCGGACACGAUAGAAGAGAAGAUUGUGGAACGGGCCAAGAAGAAGUUGAAAUUGGACGCCAUGGUCGUGCAGCAAGGGCGAUUAAACCAGGAGAAGAAACCACAAGGACCGUCGAAGGACGAGAUGUUGGAGGCUGUUACUUUCGGCGCUUCUGCCAUCUUCCGGGCCGAGGGUGAUGUGAAGGAUGAAGACCUAGAUGCUAUCUUAGAAAGAGGUCGGGAGCGCACCAAACUCUUAGAUGAGAAGUUCCAGCAGGACGACAAGGGCGACAUGUUGGAUUUCAAGCUCGACGGGGGCCAGUACACCCAGACCUUCGAGGGCGUGAACUAUGCUCAGAGACAAAAACAAGAUUUGGACGCGCUCAAGACCGCCGCGGCGGUCACAGCUCUAGAGGGUCCUGGUGAAAGAAAAAAGUCCGCCUACAACGCCCAGGCCGUCUUGAAUGCGCAAGAGUACCAGGCCAAGGAGGCGGCCAAAAAAAGGAACCCGGUCCCGCCCAAGCACCGCAUGCCGCGGCUCGACGACUGGGCGUUUUUGGACGUGGCUCGGUUGUCGGAGAUCGGGAAGCUCGAGACGGAGGGGUUUACGGCGUUGUUGUCGGAUCCGCAGAAGUACAAAGAAGUAGGGAAUAGCGAGUGUGGUGUCCUAGAACCGUCAGUGUCGGAGGAGAAGAAGCGGCUGUUAGAAGCAGGGUUCCGCCAGUGGACCAAAGAACGCUUCAUGCAGUGGCGGCGGUUGUCGGCACAGCACGGCCGCCACGCCCACGACAAGAUCACGUCUGGUUUACAGGCUGUGGCGCCCGGCAUCGAAAUAUCAGAGGUCAAAGCUUUUCAUGAAGCGUUUUUUGACCAGAAAAAGGCGGAGAAGUGGAGAGAUCAAGCGGAGUAUUCUCGCGCUCUCAGGCAGAUCGAGCGAGGAGAGAAGGCGACGAUCGAUAGCAAGAAGAACGACAGUGCGUUCGAAGAACUUGUGUCGAGUGCUGUGGAAGAAGGUAAUGCGUUGGACGCGUUGCCCAUUGACGGUGGGGGUCCUGCUACUCAAAUCAGAGAUGAUGAACGGCCCUAUACUCGCUCCGAAGACCGCUUCCUACUCACGGCGUGCUACCUCCUCAAGGAUACCGACGGUCACGCCCUAUCUGCGGCCAUGAGAUCGACGGACCGGUUCCUAUUCGAUCGUAGGAUCCUAGGAGCGUCGCACAAUGACCUCGCAUCGAGAUGCGUCGCCCUCAAGUCGAAGUGCGAAGGCGUCCGGGCCUCGCGCGAGCGCCAGGCGCAAAAAGCACUCGAGAAGAAGCGCGCCGUGCGGCCGGCGCACGUCGUCGAGGCCGAGUUAAGGGCGUUGGAGCCCAAACUCAAGCAAGCGAAACGGGAGGAGACCCAGGCUACUGAUGAGUGGCGGAAAUUAGAGAAGGAAAUUAGGGGCCUGUCGUCUCGAAGUGCGCCGCGGCCGUCCUUGCUGAAGCCGGAGCCUCGUCAAUUACGUCUGAAGCCCUUCGUCUACUACGUGCGCGAGCGCGGGGCUUCGUUGGUCGCUUCAGCGGAGCUGCCGGAGCGCGACGACAUGGAGCCGGCCGUCGAGGAGACGCUGGCCAUGCUGGAGACGAACUGGGGCGCCGAGGGCGAUGCAGCGAAGGGCGAGUUGCUUUCCCGCGUGCCGUCGUCUUCCUAGGUCGUCUCCCUCCCUCAUACUAACGUGUGUACCUUACGUCCGUGCCGCGGCGACGGCGUCGAAGUGCC